ACCCAAAUCUCUGGGUUCCUCAACAGCCAUGAGGCCAAGUGAAAGGGGGAUCAUUUAACACUUCACAGUAGAACAAAUAUGUGAAAGUUCCGCCGACCUGUGAGAAUUUCUUCCUUCAGACAUUUUGUGUUCUACUUACUGCACAACUGUCUCAGAAGUUCUUUUUUGAUGCCAUGUUCUGUGGCUUACAUAAAAAGAGGAGUUUGUCUUCAUGAAGAUUCCUAACAUUGGUAAUGUGAUGAAUAAAUUUGAGAUCCUUGGGGUUGUAGGUGAAGGAGCCUAUGGAGUUGUACUUAAAUGCAGGCACAAGGAAACACAUGAAAUUGUGGCAAUCAAGAAAUUCAAGGACAGUGAAGAAAAUGAAGAAGUCAAGGAAACGACUUUACGCGAGCUUAAAAUGCUUCGUACUCUCAAACAGGAAAAUAUUGUGGAGCUGAAGGAAGCCUUUCGUCGGAGGGGGAAGUUGUACUUGGUGUUUGAGUAUGUUGAAAAAAAUAUGCUUGAAUUGCUAGAAGAAAUGCCAAAUGGAGUUCCACCUGAAAAAGUAAAAAGUUAUAUCUAUCAGCUAAUCAAAGCUAUUCACUGGUGCCAUAAGAAUGAUAUUGUCCAUCGGGAUAUAAAGCCAGAAAAUCUCUUAAUCAGCCACAAUGAUGUUUUGAAACUGUGUGACUUUGGUUUUGCUCGGAAUCUGUCAGAAGGCAAUAAUGCCAAUUAUACAGAGUAUGUGGCCACCAGGUGGUAUCGGUCCCCAGAACUCUUACUUGGAGCUCCCUAUGGAAAGUCUGUAGAUAUGUGGUCAGUGGGCUGCAUUCUUGGGGAGCUUAGUGAUGGACAGCCUUUAUUUCCUGGAGAAAGUGAAAUUGACCAACUUUUUACUAUUCAGAAGGUGCUAGGACCACUUCCAUCUGAGCAGAUGAAACUCUUCUACAGUAAUCCUCGCUUCCACGGGCUCCGGUUUCCAGCUGUUAACCAUCCUCAGUCAUUGGAGAGAAGAUACCUUGGAAUUUUAAAUAGCGUUUUACUUGACUUAAUGAAGAAUUUACUGAAGUUGGACCCAGCUGACAGAUACUUGACAGAACAGUGUUUGAAUCACCCUACAUUUCAAACCCAGAGACUUUUGGAUCGCUCCCCUUCAAGGUCAGCAAAAAGAAAACCUUACCACGUGGAAAGCAGCACUUUGUCUAAUAGAAACCAGGCCAGCAAAAGUGCUGCUUUGCAGUCUCACCACAGAUCUAACAGCAAAGACAUCCAGAACCUAAGUGUGGGUCUGCCCCGGGCUGACGAAGGUCUUCCUGCCAAUGAAAGCUUCCUAAAUGGAAACCUCGCUGGAGCUACUCUUAGUCCCAUGCACACCAAAACCUACCAGGCAAGCAGCCAGCCUGGGUCUUCGGGUAAAGAUCUUACCAACAACAACUUACCACACCUUCUCAGCCCAAAAGAAGCCAAGUCAAAGGCAGAGUUUGAUUUUAACAUUGACCCAAAGCCUUCAGAAGGCCCAGGCACAAAGUACCUUAAGUCAAGCAGCAGAUCUCAGCAGAACCGGCACUCGUUUAUGGAAAGCUCUCAGAGCAAAACGGGAACACUGCAGCCCAUUGAAAAACAGAGUCGACAUAGCUACAUUGACACCAUUCCCCAGUCCUCCAGGAGUCCCUCCUACAGGACCAAGACCAAAAGCCAUGGGGCCUUGAGUGACUCCAAGUCGGUGAGCAACCUUUCCGAAGCCAGGGCCCAAAUUGCAGAGUCCAAUACCAGCAGGUACUUCCCGUCCAGCUGCUUGGACUUGAACUCUCCCACCAGCCCAACCCCCACCAGGCACAGCGACACGAGAACUUUGCUCAGCCCCUCCGGGAGAAAUAACCGAAGUGAGGGCACUCUCGACUCACGCCGAACCACAACCAGGCAUUCUAAAACAAUGGAGGAGUUAAAGCUGCCCGAGCACGUGGACAGCAGCCAUUCCCAUUCACUGUCUGCACCUCAUGAAUCGUUUUCUUAUGGGCUGGGCUACACCAGCCCCUUCUCUUCCCAGCAGCGUCCACACAGGCAUUCCAUGUACGUGACCCGGGACAAAGUGAGAGCCAAAGGCUUGGACGGAAGCUUGAGCGUAGGGCAAGGGAUGGCGACCAGAGCCAACAGCCUGCAGCUCUUAUCACCCCAGCCUGGAGAACAGCUUCCUCCAGAGAUGACUGUGGCGCGAUCUUCCGUUAAAGAAUCCUCCAGAGAAGGGCCCUCUUCGUUCCAUGCACGGCAGAAGUCUGAGGGCGGAUCGUAUCAUGACCCGCACUCUGAUGAUGGCACUGCCCCUAAAGAAAAUAGACACCUAUACAAUGAUCCUGUUCCAAGGAGAGUUGGUAGCUUCUACCGAGUGCCGUCUCCACGUCCAGACAAUUCUUUCCAUGAAAAUAACGUGUCAACUCGAGUUUCUUCCCUACCAUCAGAAAGCGGCUCUGGAACUAACCACUCAAAGCGACAACCAGCGUUCGAUCCAUGGAAAAGCCCUGAAAACAUUAGUCAUUCUGAACAACUCAAGGAAAAGGAAAAACAAGGUUUUUUCAGGUCAAUGAAAAAGAAAAAGAAGAAAUCUCAAACAACAGAUUCCACCAACGGGGAGAAUCCAAGCAUCAAGAAAUCCCUCUUUCCUCUUUUUAAUUCAAAGAAUCAUUUAAAGCAUAGUUCUUCUUUGAAAAAGCUUCCUGUAGUCACUCCACCCAUGGUGCCCAAUUCUGAUGGCCCCGAUCUUCUGACAUUACAGAAAGCCAUUCACUCUGCUAGCACUCCGAGCAGCAGACCAAAGGAGUGGCGUCCUGAGAAGAUCUCUGAUCUACAGACCCAAAACCAGCCAUUAAAAUCACUGCGCAAGCUGUUACAUCUCUCUUCAGCCUCAAAUCACCCGGCUUCCUCAGACACCCGCUUCCAACCCUUAGCAACUCAGCAAACCAAAAAUUCCUUCUCAGAAAUUCGGAUUCACCCCUUGAGCCAGGCCUCUGGCGGGAGCAGUAACAUCCGGCAGGAGCCCACACCAAAGGGCAGGCCAGCCCUCCAGCUGCCAGGUCAGAUGGACCCUGGUUGGCACGUGUCCUCUGUGACCCGGAGUGCCACAGAGGGGCCUUCCUACUCUGAACAGCUGGGUGCCAAGAGUGGGCCAAACGGGCACCCUUAUAACAGAACAAAUCGGUCCCGAAUGCCAAAUCUGAAUGAUUUAAAAGAGACAGCCUUGUAAUGUGUGCUGGGUG